ACAUAAGAAAAAAAAAGUAGCAGAAGAAAACAACAGCAGUUGACUGACUGAGUGAGUGAGCUAUGAGCAUGAAGAUAAAAAUGGAGGACCAACAAAACCUAGCCCUAAUCCCCCCAACAGCAACCCUAGAAAUCGACAAAGACCUCACUCUCCUACCACGCAUCAAACUCAACCUCACCGUACACCCUUCCACCCCAUCCUCCAUAACAACCCAAAUCGACGAAUGGAAAACCAAACAAUCCCUUCUCGAUUUCCUCCAAACCUCCCACUCUCUCCCCUUCUCUCUCCCGGAGGAACAUCUCCAAUUCAAACGCUUCACCAAAGACCUCAAGAAGCGCAAACGCGAAGACCCUGUCGUUUACGGCACGCUCCACAUCUGGGACCUGUCGUUUUUGAGCGAGAAAACUGAAAACGACGUUGUGAAGUGGAGGAACGGGUUUGUUGAGAAAUUGAACGGGGUUGAGAUGAAUCUGCAAGGGGUUAGGUUUAGGCUUGAGGUUGGUGUUCCGGAGGGUGAUGAUUUUGAGGGGAUGAAGAAGAGUUGGGAAGAGUUUUAUGCUUUUCGGAAUGGGAAUAGGAGUUUGAGAAGUGAACCGGAUACGGUUGUGAUUACUGGUGUGCCGUCGCGGUGGUUUGCGGAGACUAGGGUUUCUUCUAAACCGUCUAUGCUUGUUACUCAUACCAUUUUUUCCAAGUUUGGGAAGAUAAGGAAUCUUAAUGUUGCCGAGGACGAUUCAGGUAAGGAUGCAAAUGAUGACAGCGGGGACCUAGUUUCGGGGCUUUACUGCAAGAUUGUAGUUCAGUUUGAGAAAUAUAGAGACUUCCAUGAUGCAUUAAGAGUUCUCAGUGGUCGUUCUUUGCAAAAGCAAGGAUCAAGAUUAAAGGCUGAUUAUGUGGUUACUUGGGACAAAGAUGAAUUUUUUCGUAAUUCAAGGAAUCAAAUUCAAGAGAGAAACAACGCAAUAUCCACAGCUGCAUCCGAUCAUUAUAGAAGUGAAGCUCCCCGGCGCCAGGUCUACAACUCUCGCCACAGUCCAGAUAAAGCGCGCUCGAGAAGAUUCAGGGAAUAAGGAUUGAACUUUUUGUUUUAUUGUUGGAUACAAACUCAACAUCGCUGUUAUGGACUGAACUCAAAUUUAGACUCAGAAAAUGUUCGCCAACUCGGACCUUCGGGGUUCUACUCAAGCUCAUGAGGUUGAAUAGUGGGGUUAUUUUCAGAUAUCACCUGUAAUAACAUUUACAAUCUCAUUUUUCCAAUUUAAGAAGCGAAUUAGCCCUUGUUCGGGUUAUCUGCUCCAAAACGAAAAAUCGGUUUCCCACAUUACUUGGCUAAAUUGAUUUAUUACCAUUGGGCUGUGCUGUAAAAUGACAGGGUGAGAACUGAGAAGUAUAUGCAUGUAUGAUUACAUCCCAAUGAUAAGGUUGGAUCUGAGAAAUUAAUGAGUUUCA